AUUCCGUAUGAGACAUCUCGCUUCAGUUAGGCAUCAAUAGUUCCCGAGAGCGUACCGUGUUCUCUGAUCAAUCACUUACGCCUCGGUUCAGCGGAAAUCGAACCAAUCACCGGACGUUAUCAUCGUUAUUGAAAAAUACAGUCGAAUCCAGCCGGGUUUGAUACGCGAGACAAGAAGUCUAUUUACAUUGUUAUCUUCAACGCGGGCGCGUCGCACUACUACAAGAUUGGACACAGGGUAUUUGGGUUAAUAGCGUGGAAAACAUACACAGAUUUGUGAGUGCCAGUCUGAGCCGCGGCACGAAGCGGAUAGUACUCGAUGAGACGCGUGUCAACGGUUGUGUCACGGGAAGUAAUCUCUCGGUGCAGUGAUUCGUUGGAUGAGAUAAGAACCACUUGACGUAUAUGGCUAGCUUCAGAAGCCAAACGGUAUAUUAUGCCUAAUUUUACCGGUAGUCUAUAAAAGUUGCGCUUUAUAAACUUUACCAAAUUUAUAUAACAAACACGAUAUAAACAAACAAUUUAGUGAAGAUGUUAUGCUAGUGAAAGUGCACAAGAAAUUCUAAGGAUUCAAAUCAAGCACCAGGGUAAACAUGUAAUAGGACUUACCAGGCAGUAGUGGAGAGCGGUGAAAACAGAGCGCAGACCAUGGCGGACCCCACGAUACAGACCUUCUGUUGCCACAAUCGGAUACGUUCGCCGCCGGCAAUAAAGCUUAUGUCCGAAUUCAAUACCGACGGAUAUAUCGUUGUUUGUAUAGUUUCCUCAUUCUUCGGAAUAGCCGGCGCUAUUUACCAGAUAUGGAUCCGUAAUGAAGACUGCUCGAGUCAGCCGGUCCUGCAGCGGCGACGAUCCGGCCCUGGGUCGCCAUUUCGUCACAGUACUGGACGCAGUAUUAUUGUUUGGCUUGCGGUGGCCGACCUGUGCGCUUCGCUGGGAGUCUUUCUCCGUUCGGCGCUUUGGAAGUACGUUAAAAACGUACUGCCCCCGGACAGUGACACAGACGACACCAACAGUGUGAUAUUCUGUGCGGUGUCCUCAGCGUGGAUACAGUACUUCUAUAUGUGCACGUGGCUCUGGACGCUGUGCUAUGCGAUUAACGUGCGACGGCAGCUGAGCGGUCAUGGGGUGGCUCUACAAACCUAUCACGUGUAUGUGUGGAGCAUAUCAGCGGUGCUAACCGCACUCGGAUUGACGGUGCUCUACCUCCCGGAUGCUGAUUGUCACAACGUGCACGAUAUCGCAACUGCUUACAUCCGAAUACUGCCAAAUUACCUUACCACUUACGGACCGAUGAUUGCAGUGAUGGUGGCCAAUCCGGUACUUUAUAUUACCGCCUCCAAAGAGAUUAAUCGACAGCUGGUGGCACGCUUUAGUCAGAUGACGUCCACCGAGCGGGAUCUUAUGACUAAGUUUAAGAUGAAAUUUUCCCUCAUAAACUUCGUGUUUUAUGUCUGCUGGCUGCCGAACCUGAUCAACGGAAUCCUUCUGUGGACCAUGUGGUUCUCGUUGCCAUUUCAAGCGAUUGUUAUAGUGUGGUAUGUUAUGGCAAUAACUAAUCCUCUGCAAGCGUUCUUGAAUACAUUGGUAUAUCAGCGAUGGAACUGUGCCUGGCGAUAUCGGCAAGAGGCGAGUGCUAAAUAUAAUGGAGCUGGUAGACGACAAACUCGGAGCGGUGCUGGCACCUCGGAGGUGACACCACUACUUCAGUCACAAUUUUUCAAAAGUGAAGAUUCUCCAUCGCCUACAGUUCUCGUGCAGGACGCCAGUGUAGAGCUGAUUCCAAUGCCCACACGAAGUGUUAACUCGUGUACAUUUGUUUGAGGCGUGCAAGAUAUAAGCAUAGAGCUACGAGAGUCUCACCGCAUCACCGUGUAUGUACCAGUGAAUCUCAUUUUGUAUGUUUUAAAAUCUACAGCGUAUGACAAAAAUCAAUAGGCAGGAACGAUAAUGUUCUUUCAAUUCUAUUUAAUAAAACCUUACUUUAAGAUUUGCUUGUAA